CCGCCUCGUCUCCGGGCCGCGCAGGGCCCCCCAACCCGAAGGGCCGAUCCCGGGAGGCGCAGGGAGGCCGAGCCGAGCCCCGGCCGCGUUCCGGCCAUGAAGCCCCCGAGGGUGCCGGACCCGCGGAAGCUGCUGGCCGGGCUGGCGGCGGGGCGCGCUGACGGGGGAGUCCCGGCGCUGGACGAGCAGCGGGGGGGGGGGGAGAGGAGGCUGCAGUGCCGGGCCCGGCAGACUCGCGAGCGGCGGCUGCGGAAGCUGAUGGGGCCCCCGGAGGCCCCCGAGCCCCGCGCCCUGAGCCUCCGCGCGAUGGAGCAGAUCCGGUACCUCCGCAGCGCCUUCCCCGAGGAGUGGCCGGCCGGCCGCCUGGCGCAAGGCUUCGGCGUGACGCCCGAGGUCAUCCGCCGGGUGCUGAAGAGCCGCUUCCGCCCGUCGCCCGAGCGGGGCCUGAAGCAAGACGCCCGCGCCGGCGCCCGCCCCAGCCCCGCGCCCGCCUGCGAAGCCGCCCCGCCGGCCCUGGAGCUUCCCGCCGGACUCUGGCAGGAAGGGGCGGCCGUCUCCCGGGCCCGCCUCUCGGGGCUUUUCGCCGGGGACCCGUCCGUGGCGGUGGGCAGGCGGCCCGAGGGAGCCCGGGGCUCAGCCGGGAAAGCGGGCAAAGCGAGGGCGCCGCGCAGCCGCUCGAAAGAAGCCCCCGGGGAGGGUCCCGAAGGGCCGGCCGCCUGGUGACGCUGCCCCUGGGCCGGGAGGGCCUGCGGCUUCCUGCCUCCCGCCCUCCCAAGGCAGAACCGUGAAGGGGGGAUGGAGCCCGCCUGGCUGGCCGCUCGCCACCCCUUGUGCGUUUGUCCAACGUGCGGGUUGCCCUCCAAGCGGCCGGGCUGGUCCCGUCCCUUUA